AUGGCCCAAUGUGUGCAGUCCGUUCAGGAGUUCGUUCAGGACUCGUUUGUCCCGAUGGUGGCCGUCUUAUGUAGUGAAGAAGCGGAGAGAGUGACUCGCAAGAACAACCUGAAUUUCGCCGAGCUGCUGAGGCCUUUCUGCAGACUCACGUCCGAAGGACACAUCCGGGACCCCAACAACCAGGUGCAAGUCGUGAAAAACCUGCGUAUCUGUGUCAACAAUGUGGUGACGAGCCCGAACACAGCAUCUGCUGCGCUUAGCCCCGCCCAGCGCCAGCUGCUCAAUGAAGUGGUGUUAUCCUGUCAGCCCCAAGAGGGCGCUGUGACCACUGUGAUCACAGCAGGAGAAUACAACCUCAACUUCAGUGCAACCACACCCUGGUUUGAAGCCUACAGGGAGAACUUUCUGCAAUCAAUGCCUGCGUCCGACCAUGAGUUCCUCAAUCACUACCUCGCCUGCCUGCUGGUGGUGUCGUCCACUGAGGCAGUUCCUGUGGAGCAGUUCCUCAAGCUUUCCCAAGAGCAGCACAGGAUUCAGCACAGUGGAGAAUACACUAAACCAAAGUGGUUUAUCCCCAACACUCUCAAGUACUACGUCUUAUUGCAUGACAUGAGCGAGGGGGAUGAACAAAGGGCAGAAACGGUGUAUGAGGAUAUGAAACAGAGGUAUGGUCCUCAGGGCUGCUAUCUAUUGAAAAUGAACUCUCGUACCUUCUCAGUUGAAGAAGAUGAACAGAUUCCAGACCCCUGGAGUCAGUACCUGCACAGGAAUAAUCUGCAUAACCAGGAUAUGCUUGAUGAUCAAACUGUGAAUACUGCUGCUGUUGAGAACAAUACCAGUGCAGCUGAAAUGGACUGCUAUCACUUAACAGAGAAAGACGGAGUGUGCAACAGCCUGGAAAGUCAUCCUCUGCAGCUGGACACAGCAAGCAGCUCAGGUAGCCUGCACACCCUCAGCACUGUUAACACUGACGUGAAGAAAGGUGCAAGAGAUCCAGAGAGUAUGGCGGGUGGAGCAGGGAGCCACGGGGCAUCUCUGACCCUGAAUGACCAUGACCACAUUAGACAGUUCAUCCAAGAGUUUACCUUCAGAGGCCUCCUGCCACACAUAGAGAAGAACAUCAGACAGCUCAACGACCAGCUGGUCUCCAGGAAAGGUCUGAGUCGGUCUCUGUUCACUGCGACCAAGAAGUGGUUUGGUGGAGGGAAAGCUCCAGAGAAGAGCAUCAAUGAACCAAAGAGCACAUUGGGUCUUCUAUAUCCCCAGGAAGCCCCUGAGUUGCAGAUCAGGAAGAUGGCUGACCUUUGCUUCCUGGUUCAGCACUAUGAGCUGGCCUACAGCUGUUACCACACUGCUAAGAAAGACUUCCUGUCAGACCAGGCCAUGCUGUAUGCUGCAGGGGCACUGGAAAUGGCUGCAGUGUCAGCCUUUCUGCAAGCUGGAGCUCCCAGACCGUAUCCAGCACAUUACAUGGACACUGCAAUACAGACGUACAGAGAUGUCUGCAAGAACAUGGUGCUGGCUGAGCGAUGUGCUUUACUCAGCGCUGAGAUACUCAAGAGUCAGGGAAAAUACUCAGAGGCUGCAACUCUCCUCAUUAAGAUGACCAGCGAGGACUCCGACCUGCGUAGUGCUCUGCUGUUGGAACAGGCCGCACACUGCUUUAUUAAUAUGCGUAAUCCCAUGGUGCGCAAGUUUGCCUUCCAUAUGAUCCUGGCUGGUCAUCGUUUCAGCAAAGCAGAACAGAGGAGGCACGCACUGCGCUGUUACUACCAAGCCAUGCAGGUGUACAAGGAAAGGGGCUGGUCUUUGGCAGAAGACCACAUCAACUUCACAAUUGGUCGUCAGUCCUUCACACUUCGCCAACCAGAGAGCGCUGUAAUAGCCUUCAGACAGAUCCUGAGCAAUGACAGUAGACAGACAGCCACACAGCAGGGUGCCUUUCUCAGAGAGUAUCUCUAUGUUUAUAAGAGCUUGACAGGGGGAAAUGAAGUCAGCCUCCCCCAGCUGCCUCUGCCCUGCAUCCACAGCUCAGCCACAAGGGUCUACUUUGGACGUGAACGCCGCCUUGCAGAAGGUGAAAAACAGGCAGCCACUCAUGUGUCCCUAGACCAGGAGUAUGACCAGGAUUUGGCAGCCAUGUGGUGCCACCUAGAGGAGCAGCUUGUGGCUGCUGCCAACAGAGGGAUUGUCCCAGUAAACUUCCAGCCCACCCAGUGCUGCCUGAACAGCCAGACAGACAACCUGCGCCACCCACUGGCUGUGGUGGAGGAGCCAAUCAUAGUGGAGGUGACAUUCAGGAACCCUUUGAAGGUGUCUCUGGCUCUGUCCAACCUCGCACUCCUCUGGAGGUUCACUGCCGAUGGUACGCCGAAGGAGAAGACGACUGAAGAGUUGGCAGGAGAGGCCGUCACCAAUGAGGAGACCCUGAGUCUAGGGAUGACACAGAAAGAUGACAUAAUCACCACUGAGAACAUUCCAGAUUUUCAUAUGGGUCCAGAGGAGACCAAAGUGGCCCGUCUCAGGCUGCUGCCACACAGAACUGGACAGCUGAACAUUGUUGGUGUGGUGUACAACCUGGCUGAAGCCUCCUCUGGAGAGAUGACUCCCAGCAGUGAUGGCCAGCAGACAACGGAUUUGAUGGUGGUUCGUGGAAGACAGGACCUUAAGAUCCAGGGCCCACGACUCAACCAGACCAAAGAGGACAAGAUGUCAGUCCGGCAUGGUCCCGAUCGACGUCUCGAUCCCAUCAUAACACCAUCCAUGCCCCUGAUGGAGGUCUUCUUCCUGCAGUUUCCCACUGCUCUGCUGUGUGGUGAGAUCAGGAAGGCCUACGUUGAAUUCUGUAACGUCAGCAGUGUCGCUUUGUGCGGCCUGCGAGUGGCGUCCACACACCCCGAUUUCUUCACCUUUGGCAGCCAGGCCACAACACCCCUGACGCCGCUCAGCCCGACCUCAGCUGAAAACUGUUCGGCCUAUAAAACUUUGGCCACGCCCCCCCAGCAGGGCACAUUGGCAUCUGAGAUGCUGGUUUCAGCUGAGGAUUUCAGCCAGCUGUCCAGUGUGAUGGAGAUCCCAAUAGGCAACCCAUUGCAACCGGGUGAGUCCACCCAGCUGCCUCUCUGGCUCAGAGGACCAGACCAGGAGGGAGUCCAUGAAAUCAACUUCCUGUUCUACUACGAGAGUGCAGAGAAAGGAAUAAAAAUCAGUCAUCGGGUGUUACGUCACACAGUGUUUAUCUGUGCCAGUCGGUCUCUGAGUGUGCAGGCGUCGGCCUCCCGCAGCAGUGUCCCUCCACAUCAAAGUCUGGAAGACAAAGGCAGUGGUGGAACGCUGGUCUUCGUUGAUGUCGAGAACAUCAAUACGAGUGAGUCUGGCGUGCGUGAGUUCCACAUUGUCCAGGUGUCCAGCAGCAGUCAACAUUGGCGCCUCCACAAGUGUAUCAACCCAGGCAGGGAUAAAGAUUGUAAACUCACCAGUAGAGAAAGAGCAAAGCUGUGUUUCAGGGCCACACGAUGCAAACCCCAACAAGCUGCAUCGGACACCAUAGAGAAAUACACGUUUGCUGACCUGAAUCUGGGAAAUGAACGGAUCGUCAGUUCCUCCACACCCUGUGGCGAUUUCUUCUUCCGUUGCUGUCGGACCUCAGAGUCUCAGCGAGUGGAUGUGGCAUCAUCCAGAACAUCAUCCAGCAGCAAGAGUCAUCGCCCUGUCCCCUCUGAGGACAUCACUAACAUUAUCAAGAAGUGUAAUGAGCUGGACCUCAACAUAAUUGUUAUCUGGAAGGCCUAUGUGGUUGAGGACAACAAACAGCUGAUCCUAGAGGGCCAGCUUCACGUGGCACUGCAGACCAUCGGCAAAGAGGCCACUUCUCUGACUCCCAAAGAGGAAGCUCAGGAGAUGGUGCUGCUCAAGUUUAAAUCAGACCUGCCUCUUCCAGUGAGCCUGCCCUCUGCAGAGCUUUCCCAACUCAUCAAAACCAACAUGCACUACCCCGAGACCUACACACAUCCCUUUUUCCAGGAUAGUCUCUGUCUGGUGCCAGUUACUCUGACUCUGUCCAACUGCUCAUUGGCUCAAGUAGACGUCAUCAUUGAUUUGCGGCACAAAAGCACCAGCCCAGAGUCUCUGGAGGUCCACAACUCGUACACCUGGGUGGGUCAGACCCAGUACAAGCUGCAGCUGAAGCCUCAGGAGGUGCUGUGUCUGACUCUGCAAGCCUGUUUUCUCCAGGCAGGAGUCUACAACCUUAACACGCCGCGAGUCUUUGCAAAACCGGCGAAUCAGGGGGCCAUGUGUGAGACAAGUCAGCAGACAGCUAGUCCCGCUCUCAUAAUCAUCAACAAUGCCUGAGAAGCGCAUCAAGGCCUGCAGACAGGAGGGUCUGGACUCUUUGGACAGAGAAACAAUUGACUAGAUUCCCCCAGCUACUUUAUACACGACCAUACUUGGUCUUCUUGAAUAAUACUGGGCUGCAGGAAAUGCAGAUGUUUUUGUAUCAAUUCAUAAAAUAGAAGAAGGUUUUAUUUAAAACAAACAGCAACAGUUUAUAGAGAUUGAUGAGCUGAUGUUACAGGUGAUGCGGUCAGUUUAUGGACCUCCAAACUACUGAGUUUCAUCAGCCAAGCAGUUAGAGUCUCCUUUGCAUGUUAAUUUUCCUGUAGCGGCCCUAUCCUCAUCACACAGGUUGACCUUCCCAUCAUCCAGCCCUCCAGACUCCUACUGUCUCCACCUGCCCCGUUUCACCCACCUGUCACCAGCAUUUCAAACCCCCACUUGUGGUUGGAACCUAACAAGUAUAGGUUUUGCUAGUCUUAGACCAGAAUGUUGACUCUGAUCUAAAACUUUAAAGCAAAGUCAGAGAGAGAGUGCGGAAUUUCUUUUGAACAGGGCAUGUGUCCAUGUUGAGCCUCAUCACAAGAGUGCUCACAUCACUGGGGUAUCAGUUUCUGUACAUUUGGUCCAGUUCAGUUGGACUGGCCUUUAGUUCCAUACUGUGGAAUGAUGCUAUCUGCUGUCUGUUUGUUUUAACAACUUCAAUCUGCAAAUAUAAUGAACUCUACAUAAAUCGUUUGUCAAAUUCCUUAAUGGACUGAGCAGUAGUUUUGAAAUGUCAUCCUAAUGAGCUGUUUACAUCCUGAAUAUCGUACAUCCCACCACCCAGCCACCUUCUCCUUGAAUCUACAGCUACAAAGCCUCCAGCUUAUCCUGAAGUCCUGGGCAAGAUGAAGACUGACAACUGAACCCCCUCUUACUGCCCAUUCUGUGUGAUUUUCACUCUGUCAGGACAAGACUAUCAUGUCUUCAUGUGCAUGCAGUUGAUUUUCUAAAGUCAAGCCAAUCCAAACAGCAUACCCCCCCCCCCCCCAAUCUGUACAAACUAACUGUAUUGUGAUUGAGCUCUUGUAUGCAUUGACUUGACAGCUUUUCUGAAAAUUAUGUAUAUUUAUAUAACAAAAUGUAUGUAAAUAGAAAUUAAAAAUGUAACUAAUGUA